AUGUCUAGUAUCGCUGACCCCUACGGCGGGCCCAAUGAGCACCACCAGUCCAGACGGACGCGAAGGAUUGUGUCGCUGGUGUUUUCGUGCCUCGUUGCCAUGGCUUCGGGUACCCCUUACCUCUUCGGCAUCUACUCCCCCCAGGUGAUGUCCAGGUGCCAUUUCACCGCGGAGGAUGCCAGCUUUCUGACGUUCGGCUCCACGUUGGGUUCCUCGAUUGGCGGCCUGGCCGCUGGGCUGCUGAUAGACAAGUUUGGGCCCAAAUUUGCUAUCCUUUUGGGGGCCAUACUGGAGUCCGGUGCAUUUGUGAUUCUGUACCUGACUUACAAAUUCCAGCUCCACUAUCUUUGGCUCCUGGUGAUCGCCAUGGUGAAUGUUGGCUUCGGCUCGGUGCUCCCUUAUUUUGCAACGCUGAAGGUAGCCACAGUCAAUUUCCCCAAGCACAAGGGCAUGGCGAACGCUUGUCCCGUCUCAGCGUACGGUCUGGCUGCCCUGAUGUACGCUUCCAUAUCCACGGUAUUCUACGCAGGCAACACGCAGGGCCUUCUCAAGUUCAUUGCGAUAUUCUCCGGCGUGGUCAUUGGCGUGGGACUCUUCUUUAUAGACAUCUACGAGCCGGACGAAAGCGCUCGGGACGCCGAAGACGAGCCGUCCGGAAUCAAGUACCUGCUCAAGGGCCAUCGCGGCUCGUUUGCACAGUUGAAUUUGAUGCGACGGAGCUCUAACUCAUCAUUGUUCUCGUCGACCUCGGAGAUCUCCUCGCUGUCUGUGUCCACAACGUCUUCUGGGGCCUCUACCAUCACUAAUAAGCCGAUAUCGAUCGCCAGUGUGCAAAAUAAGUCUCCAUACUCGUCGCGGCCAAGCAGCUACUCGCCGAUAUCAUCUUCACCAGUGGAUUUCAAAACACGACAGUCGCUGGCUCGUGCAAAUUCCUACAGACUAGGCUCCUCAUUGAGCAAUUCGCCCAGAAACCCUGGAUGGCUGGGAAACGCGUCUAAAAAAAAUGUCAAGGAAGAGGCCGUGGUUGACGAAGACUCGCCUCUCAAUCCCGGCAGCGAUUCGUACAGUGCCUCAGUGCUGAGUCUGGCUCCAAGUCAGCAAUCGGAAGCUCUCGAGACAACCCCUGCAGACGAGCUAGCAGAGGCUCUCAAACGGAAAAAAGCCACGCACCGCACUAGUAAGGAGCACAUCCAGUGGCUCUUUAAGAACAGAACGUUUCUCUGCCAUUACGUCCUGAACGCACUGUUCUGUGGUAGCGGCCAAGUGUACAUUUACGGGGUUGGCUACGUUGUCAAGGCUCAGAUGAAUAAAAAUCCCAACUUAACCGGCGAUCAGAUCUCGUCGUACCAGGCGCUCCAGGUUUCCAUUAUAUCGCUGUGCAAUUUCCUGGGUCGGAUCCUUGGAGGCAUUUUCAGCGACUAUCUCCACAAGAACAUGAAUGCACAGAGACUUUGGGUGAUUGUGAUUUCCGUGGUCUGCGGGAUCUUGGGAAACAGCACGCUGCUCCUGUUUGACAACGCUCGUUUCCUCUGCCUCAGCUCGACCUGCUUCGGUAUCAGCUACGGUGCAAUCUACGGGGCCAUGCCUGCGAUUGUAGCCGACAACUUCGGAGCCAGACAUUUUGCCACCUCAUGGUCUGUCAUUGGAACGGGCUCUGUGGUGGCUUUCCUGUUGCUGAGUGACUAUUUCGGCAAAAACUAUGACAAACAUAGCCAGUAUCUAGAGGACGCAGAUGGCAAGCUUGUGCGGAUGUGUUUGAAGGGUAACCGCUGCUACGAGAACGUCUUUGGCAUAAACCUUAUCAUUGGCUGUCUUUUGCUGGUGAGCUACUGCUCUAUGAUAUACUGUGCGAGAAAGAAAUAA